UUGCAUGCAUUCCUGUGUUUGCUUCCACCCAAGUCUGUCAUAAUAUUAUAGCGGCGUUUAAAUAAUAUUUUAUUAUUAUGUAAUCGCCGUGCGUUAAAAAAAUAUAUAUAAAAAAAAAAUGGUUUCUUUAAAUUAUUGCUUACAGAUUUGGCGGUGGCCGUUGUUGUUGUGGUCGUUGGUCGUACAAGACACGCUUGCCAUACCAAUAUGUCCGAAUCAACAAAAUUCCAAAGAACACGUUGUGCUUGGUGCGCUCUUGCCGUUGCACACGGGCGAGGAUUGCUCGGCGACCCAAAUGAAAGGCAUACAACAGUUGGCAGCACUGGAGUACGGACUUAACGCGGCAAAUUCGGACCUGAACGGAGACGUGAAAAUAAGUUUACAGGUUUUAGACACAUGUUCUAACGCCAAUAGAGCUGUAAAAGUCACAAUGAAAGGACUCGUCUCGGCCGAACAAACGUGUCUUAAAUCUCCGUUGUUUUUAGGGUACGUUGGACCGGACGAUCAGGAGAUUUUGUCCAACGUGCAGAAAAUCACAUCUCUGUUGAACAAAACCCACGUGUUACCGUACAAAAUAGACUUGAAAGACAGGACGUCUAACGUGUUUUUCUUGGGGACAGACCAAACGUCGAAGAGAGCCAAUGCUAUAAACACGAUGUUGCGAAAUCUCGGUUGGGAGACUUACGUGCCGGUGGUGGAGAACUCGGCCAAAGUCACAAACGUCUUGGCCGCGCUGUUCAACUUGUCCAACGGUCGGAUAAUAUGUCCGGUCGAAAAAACCAUAUUGUUGCCAAGCACUCAAAACGGAUACGCUUCCGUUUACAGAGAAACAAUAGAAAGUCAAAUACGAUCAUCUGCCGAUGGCGUGCUUGUGAUUGUCGAUACACCGGAAGUACUUGGACCUCUGUUCAACAUUCUAUCUAACAGCGACAACACUCAACGGCCUCCGUUCGUUGUCUACGUCAUGACCGUCGGAAUUAAACUGUGGGAAAUCCCCAGAUCGGACGCGGUCAGCAUGAUCCUUAUGCAGGAGUCCACCGAAUCAAAAUUCAACAACGAAAUCAAACAGUAUUUCAACGAAUCUCUUCUGGUCACCUACCGGCAACAGAACCGCAAAGGCCUCGCGCAUAACUGCAGCGCCACCGAGUCCGGUGCUUUGUGUUUGGAUGCGUUGGAGGACGAAUUGGACUCGUCGGUGAUGCCCAUAACGUAUUCGGUACAUUUGUUUGGGUACGCGCUGAGAACGGCCAUUGAUAAAAAAUGCAAAAACGAACUGCAUUCGUUGGGCGUUUGCCGAAGCCUGCAAUCGAUGCAGUCCGUCGAGUGGGUGUCAAUCAUGAAAACGGCUACGACCAUCCUGAACGGAGUGGACGGUCCAAAGAGGAUAAGAUUUCAAAUGGAAACCGGCCAUCACGUGAGCGUUUACAUGGCUGACGUUAUCACAAAGCAAGUCGAUUUGGUGGCUAAACUGACCAACGGCGACCGGUUGAAUUUUAUUAAAAACGUAUUCCUGCCGGCGUCCACGAGGAUGACCACGGGGGGCUUGACCGAUCGCCCUUCCCCGUGUCAGUCGUACCAACCGAAAUCGCCAAAACCCACUACAGUGGUGCCGACCCCGGACGACGAGGAUGUCGUGACGGUGGCCCGCGAACAAGACGAUUGGUCGCCCAUAUGGAAAUUUCUGCCCAACGGCGACAAGCAACCCAAGGAAAAAGACACUUACCACGUGGUCACCGUUUUGCUAUGCAUAGGCCUCGGGUUCCUGUUGUUCAUGAUCAUCACCAUACGCAUAUUGUACAAAAUGUUCACGUUCUCGCAGGGCAAUGAUCAGAGUUCGUCGAAGAAGAAGAAAAAAUCCAAUAACACCAGAGCCAGUAGAGGCAAUUCCGUGUCAAGCAGGAGAGUGAGCAGGACCAGUUCGAUUGCGAGCACCAGGUCUACUUAGGAAGAUGUGUUCUGAUAUCAACAAGACCAGACAAAAAAGUGACUCUGAUAUGUGUGGAAAACAACCAGCACUUAUAUUAGCUUAUCAUUAACCAUAAGUAUGCUUAAAUAAUUAUAAUAAUAUGUUAUACGACUUAAUGUGCAAAAUAAUAACAUAUUAUUACUAUUAUUAC